AUGAAUGCAAAGAUGGGUACUAAUGCAGAGGGCGGUGGUAGUGGUAGCAAUGGCCGGGGCGCAGGAGCAAGUAAUACACAAGUUAAUGUAAAUGCUGGUCAAAGUGUGGGAGUUGGCAAUAUACCGGGUAAUGUCAUUACACCUCGAGACAUGGGCCAAUUAGUGGAACAGUUUUUGAAGUUGAGACCACCCCAGUUUAAUGGAAUUGGUGACCCAGAGUUAGCGCCCGGAUGGAUAGAGAAGCUCGAGAAAAUUUUUGGAGUCCCGAUAUGUACAGAUGAGGAGAAAGUGCUUCUAGCAGUGUACCAACCGGAUGGUACGGCAAAUGACCGGUGGAAGGCCACGAAAGACGGAGUAUUUCCUAAAGGCACUGCUUUGAGUUGGACUACGUUCACGGAGGUCUUCAAUGAUAAGUAUUUCUUGGAGACUGCGCGAGAAAGUAAGUUGGUGGAGUUUCGGAACUUACGUCGGGGUCAUUUGAUUGUUGAUCAAUAUGAAGCAGAAUUUGCAAGGUUGUCUAUGUAUGCACCACGUUAUGUGGAGGACCCUCUAGAAAAGAUGCGGAGGUUUCGAGAUGGGUUACGGCCCGAACUUCGUAGUCAAAUGAUAGCGAUGAAUCUGAGAACUUAUAAGGAAGUUGACGAAUGGGGCCAGAUGAUAGAACGAGAUAUGAGAGAGAGGUCAACAGUAUCGGGAUCACGGUUCCCUGUACCGCGAGACAAUCGCCAGUGGGGUAAGAGACCAAUGACUAAUCCUAGGCGAUUUGUUCCGCUUGUGAGGAGAAAUAUUGGCAAACCGCCGCUUCAAUCAAGCUUGAAUUGUCGCUUGUGCGGAAGAAGGCAUGGAAACGGAGCUUGCUCGAUUAGGACGGACGCGUGCUUUAAGUGUGGGCAAGUCGGCCAUCAAAUGAGAUUUUGCCCCAACCAAACUCAAAUGGCUAGACCCCAAGGAUUGAGGCCACAGACAAGACAUUUAGCUGUUGCCCCGCAGAAUGAAGUAGUUCGACCGCUAGCUUAG